GCCGUCUAGAUCGCACACACACAUUCACAUUUUCACUCGACACUCGAAACCGUCUCUCUCUCGCAUCCGCCAAAAACUCGGAGGCGGCAUCCCGCGAGCCGCCGCCGCCGCCGCCGCAGCUAGUGCCCCAGGAAGUCACACCUGAGCAACAAGUGGAACAUGUCAGUGACUUGAAGCGCGGCUAACUUGAGACAUGUGGGCAGUGUGGGCCUUGUGGGCUGGCCUGUGGGCAGCGGCUGUAGCCACUCCGCAUCAACCGCUCCAUCUAGAAAGGGACUCUUCUCUGAGGCGGCAAAUGUCACCUUCGGUUAGGAUAUGGCACAAGAGACACCAGGUAACCGGGGCUGCUUCUGCACCAGGCGCGCCUCCUGACGAGCUGAGGAACUUCCAACAACAUUUGGAUGCUGUCAAUUCACAACUGAUGCUCAGGUCACCCAGGGGGCAAAGGCAAUAUGAUGUUCCACAAAUAGAUAAGAAGCCAGUAAUUAAAUUAAAGGAUCUGACACGCGACACGCCAUUUAAAAUUAAUGCUGCUAAGGUGGUGAAGGCAAAAUAUGGAGAAGCAGUAAUACUAGAGUUAGAGGAGAAUGUGGUAUUCCUGCCACAUCGAGUAACGAAAGACUACGUGCCAUACCUACAAGAAUUUUCGACUAAAAGAUAUUCACUAGUAUUCCGGGGACUACAAGAUAUAGGAAACAUACAUCCAGCAGCCAAAUUCGAAAUUGUUGAAUCUUAG